CAAUUAAACGUGUAAGUAAAAAAAACAUGUAAACAGUCAGUCAAAAAUAUUUAUUUUCUUUCAAUGUACUUGAAUUGCCCCAAUAAACUUCAUCUCUAGAUCGCAAAAUAAAGUGCAGGCCUUUGCUGGCGAGUGGCAUCUAGCCCUUUCAUUUUUUAUCUUUAAUUAAACCGAUAGCAGUGAUCAGGAUGAAGAAAAAGAUUCAGCACACGAUAUUUUCCAUAUGUAGAUUUUCCAGAAAAAGGACAAGAACAUGAUACAAAUGUGCAUGAUUUUGGAUUGCCCAAGAAACGGGCAUAAAGCUAGUUUUUUUGUUAAAAGAGGACAAAGACUCACAAAUUUCGCUGUCGGGCAAAGCAUAACUCGUCUUGCUCAACAAAGAGACGUUAAACUGAAAAUUAUUGACAACGAGUUUUCAGUCGAUUCAUGCAGUGCAAGGAGAGAGCAAACGGCACCAAAUGUCUCAAAAGUCACGCGUUCGUCCCAAGGGCGAGAAAUUUCGCUUGACCGUACCGCUCGACGCGGAUCCGGAAACGGAUGUGGAGCUGGUUCCAGUAGAUGAAAACACACAGGAUUCGGAAGAUUUUGCUACUACGGAAGAUAAUGCUGAGCCAGACCUGGUGCAAACUCAGGACGGCCGGUUGAUCAUCGAGAUGAAAACGAACCGGACAUGUCCAGUAUGCAAGUCAAAUUUUCCAACAGUUAAGAUUCUGGAGAAACACCAGUUAACUUGCACCAAUAAAGAGGACGAGUUUAAAGAUGUGUUACAAAAAGAGAAAGCUGCAGCAAUGACCGCUCAACCAGGCGAAGAGUUUUUCAAGUACUGCAAUCCGAGUCCCGAGAACCCUUGUUACUGUUGCGGUGAGGACAAAUCGACGGCCCAUGUUGGCCAUAUGCAGUGCAAAUAUUGUCCAAAAUCAUUUAAAGCCUUCGAAUAUCUAGAGAAACAUUUGGCUUCCGUACAUGCCGAGAGUGCAGAAUUUGCUUGUCCACAAUGCAAUGCACAGUGUUCGACAGCAACGGUUUUGCAGGAGCACCUAGAGACCCACAGCGAAGGAAAACCAUUCUCGUGCCUGAAGUGUGGCAAAGAUUUUACACGUAAAUAUCACCUGGAUCGUCACUUGAAUCACUCAAACUGCGGUAAUAUCCCGAAGCAGACAUUACCCUGCGAAGUGUGCGGUAAAGAAUUUACACGUUUGGACAAUUUGCGAGAACACCUUCGUUUUCAUAUGGGACAAGCCUCGCGAAAACGUGAUUACCAGUGUCCAUAUUGCCCGAAAUCGUUCUACGGGUCAUCACUGUUAAACAUCCACAUUCGUACCCACACCGGCGAAAAGCCUUUUCCGUGUGAUCUUUGUACCAAAUCAUUCCCAUCUACGGGAGCGUUAAGAAAACAUCGAAGAUCGCACACCGGGGAGCGUCCGUACCGUUGUGAUCAGUGUUCUGCUACGUUUGCUGCCCGAGAAACUUUGAACAGACAUCGGAAAACUCAUACAGGUGAAAAGCCACAUCACUGCACGAUUUGUGAUAAACGAUUCAUCCAGGCGACGCAGCUCCGUGCGCACAUGUUCAACCACACCGGACAAAACGGUUUCCAGUGCGAGCAGUGCAAUGUCUCUUUCGGCCGCAAAACGCGACUUGAUGAGCACAUUCGCUACGUGCACAACAAGAAAAAGCAGAAUUCCUGCGGAGUUUGCAACAAAGGAUUUGUGCGUUUGGAAGAUCUCAAGCGCCACAUGGAUACUCACAACACGGAAAAAAAUUUUGCUUGCAAUCAAUGUGGCAAACGAUUUUCGUCUAAAGCCGCAAUGAAACUUCACCAAAGAACCCAUUCUGUUGAAGACCCUGUCGACUGUGAUAUCUGUGGCCACCAGUUUCUGCGACAGGACUGUUUGCUUCGUCACAUGAGAUCGAAACAUCGAGAUAAGCAGCCUAUAAAAUUGGAAGAAUUGAAAGUGGAAGAACCUCCGCUGCUCCAUAAGGCUCAGGAAGUACUGGAAAUUGGUGGAGAAGUAUACCAAAUAACCCCAGUUGAUAAUGUUCAAAUAGUAAACAUUACUUCACCGUCACCGUCAACCACAACGGAGUUGACCACCGACAAUCGACUGAAAAUUUUAGAGGUAGUCAAAAUCAUGCCGCUGGAACCAUUUUUGGUUCCACAAACUACGAACACUAAAACUGAAGUAAAACACCAGCCUCAUACGGUGUCGAAACCUUCCCAAAAACCGCUGCCGGCAGCUGUGAAGAAACCUCAAAACAAUCCAAUCUCAUCAGCGAAUAAAGUAAAUCCCGAGCGAAAGAAGCGCACACGAGCUUUGAACCAGAACCAGAGCAAUGCACAGCCCAAAAGCAAGAUCAAGAUCGAACAACAGGACGACUCCAUGCCAAUCUUUCUCAGUGAUGACGUAUUGAAGGAUAAAAUCGGAGAACUUCUUCGCUUGUUGAUUGAUGAGGACGUGCUUACAGAAUUUGGAUGGCCGACGGCACCGGUAGACGAGCUGCUUGGCAACGUAAUCACCCGGUGCGGCUCUAAACCGUCCAGCGACGCCGAUAGUGGUGACUGUACGACAAGGCUGCGGGAAAAUACAAAAAUUUUGUUUUCACUUACCAUGGAUGAUGAUAACAUAAAAACAUUGCUCAACAAUCACACCGUCGACGAGGUGAUCAUGAAUGUCCUCAAAAAUAAGUGAAGUCAGAGUGAGUGAGGUUCAGUCGGAAGCCGCAAGUGCAAUUAACGAAAAACACCUUCCAGGAGGGGCCUUCGCAAAUUUGUUAAACAACAUUUUGUUUAGAUUAGAUGUUUUAUUAAAAAUUGAUUAUAUAUACUGGUGGAAGUUGCGAAAUGUAUGGUUAGGCUGAUGUGAUUAUGAUCACAGUAGGAGUGGAGUACUGUAUUAUGGAAUAAUUAAGAACUAUUCUUGUUUACGACCGGAUUCGACAUUUGUACGAAAAAAUAGAUACGUAAGAAUUUAAAAAUAGUAUUUAGUGCUAUUCCGAAUAAACUAAAUAAAGUAGCGUUCGAAAUGAUUCGAAGGGAAAUUAGUGGUACGAAUUUUGA